UUAGAACUAGGAAACUCCAUUUUCGACUUGCUGAUUCGUUGAACGCGGCACGUGUAUAAUUACAACCAGUUAGCAAGCCCGAAUCUUCUGAGUUUCCUAGUUCAAUCUAGUAGUUGAAUGCGGCAGAAGAGGCAGUCAGUCAACGAUAGUCAAACAGCCAUCGAAACACAUCCUGCUUCAACUCCUCCUCCACUACGGCUUGUGGCUCAGAGACGCUGCAGAGAAACUCUAGACUUGCUACUACAUUGUACCUCCUUCUUAUCGAGAGAGUACAGCUGAUAAAGAACAUUGAUGACCAUCAGCUGAGAGCCUUUGACAGUGGCCUUGUUUACUGACGUGCUGCUCCCACCCGUCUCCAUCCUUCUACCCCGGUCUCCAGUCCUGCACUUUCUACUUUGUUCUUGUCUCCACUCUUUCAUCUUUCUGUCCUCAAUCCCUCCACCCCGGUCUCUGCCUCAACCCUCCACCUUAUUCCUCCCCGAACCAUCAUCAUGGGGGUUGAGAAAGACACUGACACCAUUUUGACUGGCUCCAUGCGUCUGAAGCAGGAAAUCUCCCUGCUCCAAGGGGUCUGCCUCAUUGUGGGAAGCAUGAUCGGCUCGGGCAUCUUCAUCUCCCCCAAAGGGGUUCUCCUGUACACAGGCUCCUUCGGCCUGUCUCUGGUGGUGUGGGCCAUCGGCGGGGUCUUCUCUGUGUUCGGGGCCCUGUGCUACGCCGAGCUGGGAACCACCAUCCGCAAGUCUGGGGCCAGCUAUGCCUACAUCCUGGAGUCCUUUGGUGGCUUCCUGGCUUUCAUUAGGCUGUGGUCGUCCAUGAUGAUCGUGGAGCCAGCAGGCCAGGCUGUCAUAGCCCUCACCUUCUCCAACUACCUGGUGCAGCCCUUCUACCCCACGUGCUCAGCCUCCUACGAUGCUGUGAAACUCAUAGCAGCAGCCAUCAUCAGUCUCCUGACGUUUGUGAACUGUAUGAAGGUGAAGUGGGGGGCCAUUCUCCAGGUGGUCUCUACAGUAGCCAAGGUCUUGGCCCUCAUUGUCAUCAUCAUUUCUGGGAUGAUCAAGCUGGGACAAGGCCAGACUCAGAACUUUGAGAAUUUGUUUAAGGGUUCUAAAGUGAACCCUGGGGACAUGGCCCUGGCUCUGUACGCUGCGCUCUACUCCUACUCGGGCUGGGACGCACUCAACUUCAUCACCGAGGAGAUCAAGAACCCGAAGAGGAACCUCCCGUUGGCCAUAGGGAUCUCCAUGCCCAUCGUCACAGUGAUCUACAUUCUGACUAAUAUAGCUUACUACACCGUUAUGGAUGCUGGCACCGUGCUGGCCAGUGAGGCUGUGGCUAUGACUUUUUCGGAUUUGGUCCUGGGCUGGGCUCGGUGGCUGAUCCCCUUGUCAGUGGCCAUCUCUUGUUACGGAGGACUCAACUCCUCCAUCAUUGCUAUCUCCAGACUGUUCUUUGUGGGCUCCAGGGAGGGCCAUUUACCCAACGUCCUCUGCAUGAUCCACGUCGAGCGCUACACCCCCAUCCCAGCACUGCUCUUCAACGGUGGCAUGUCUCUGAUCUACCUGUGUGUGAAGGACGUGUUCCAGCUCAUCAACUACUUCAGCUUCAACUACUGGCUGUUCAUCGGCCUCUCCAUCGCCAGCCAGAUAUACCUCCGGUUCAAGGCUCCCAACAUGCCCCGGCCCGUCAAGCUCUCUCUGUUCUUCCCUAUAGUGUACUGCCUAUGCAGUGUGUUCCUAGUGGUAGUACCUCUCUACAGUGAUACCAUCAACUCUCUGGUUGGUAUCGGGGUGGCUUUGUCUGGAGCUCCAGUGUACUACAUCUGUAUCCACCUGCCCCCCUCCUCCAGACCUGCCUUCCUGGGCAGGAUGCUCGAUGCGAUCUCCCUAAAUACCCAGAAGCUGUGUAUGUGCUGUGUGGCCUCACCUGACCUAGACCUGGACAACAUCCCUGAUGAAAAGCUGGAGUAAGGGAUGAAAGGAGGUGUGGUGGGAUGGAGGUAGAUACUGAGCCAAAGGUGGAAACAGACGGAUCACAGCUACACCUUCUGCGCCAAUGAUGAACAUUUCUUUUUAAUACAUUUGUGACUUGCUUGUCCUAUGGGACUGUACAGUGUGUGUGUGUUCAGUGGUGAGGAAAGCCACUUUCUAGUGCCGGUGGACUCUGACAACCACAUGCAUGCAGCACAAUGUAGUUCACUCCUACUGGUUACACCUAUGGAGACGAUCAACAAUGAGAGUUUAACUAUUUAACAACGCAAGAAAUUCAAAUGGAGAUUUGAACAGGCCCUACUGACCAUUUAGGAGUAGGUUUUCAUCAGCAGGCCCUACUGACCAUUUAGGAGGAGUAGGUUUUCAUCAGCAGGCCCUACUGGCCAUUUAGGAGGAGUAGGUUUUCAUCAGCAGGCCCUACUGACCAUUUAGGAGGAGUAGGUUUUCAUCAGCAGGCCCUACUGACCAUUUAGGAGGAGUAGGUUUUCAUCAGCAGGCCCUACUGACCAUUUAGGAGGAGUAGGUUUUCAUCAGCAGGCCCUACUGACCAUUUAGGAGGAGUAGGUUUUCAUCAGCAGGCCCUACUGGCCAUUUAGGAGGAGUAGGUUUUCAUCAGCAGGCCCUACUGGCCAUUUAGGAGGAGUAGGUUUUCAUCAGCAGGCCCUACUGAAUAAAGCUAGUGGAGAUUUUUUUAUAUUAAAUUAGUUAUUUGUUUUGAAAGUCGGAAGCAUUAGUCAAAGAUGCCCAUUCUGGCCCUACUUUACUUGCACUAGGCCAGGUGUGGUGUGUGUGCACAAACAAACUGCCUGUCUUUGAUUGUUUACUGGUCACUGAAGAUUCCUCCAACAUAGUGGCUGUCAAGUGACUGACACAUGUACUGUAUGGAAACUGCCAUGGGUUGAGCCGUUAUGGCAUCAAAGUAAUGUUUAUUGGUGAAUCUGACAGACGGUGAAUUUUUAUUUUAUUGUACCUUUAUUUAACUAGGCAAGUCAGUUAAGAACAAAUUCUUAUUUUCAAUGACAGCCUAGGAACAGUGGGUUAACUGCCU